AUGCCAUCGUGCUCAUUGGGUCUUUGCAUUCGCCGUUGUGCCGGCGGGGUAGCCGCCACGGUUGCAGGUAGUCCGUUAGCGUCAAGCCACUGCUGGGGAAGCGUGCGUCACUACCAGCGGCACACAAUGCGUCUCCUGCGACCGCGCAAACUUUCAGAGGCGAAGCAGCAGCCGCUUUUUCCCGGCAUGUGCCGCCACGUCAAGCGUUUUGAGGGCGAACACAUCUACAACUACGGGCUUCAUACAUAUGCAAUCCUCCGCGAGGGCUCUACAUUUGCCGUUCUGCCACUCGGCUGCCUCGCAGCGUAUGCCGCAACUUUUUUCGUCGCCGCACCGUUUUAUCUGCAGAUGAUGUGUUCGUUGCUGCUAAUUGCCUCCUCUCGCUACUUUGCGCGUGGCCGGAGAAACAAAGAGUGGAAAGACUUAAGCGGCCGACACGUCAUCGUCACGGGCGGGACCAGUGGCAUUGGGCGGGAGACGGCGUCUCAGCUGACUUCCAUGGGCGCCGACGUGACAGUGCUCUCACGCGAUGGCCCACAUGUUGCUGCGGCCAUGGCGUACAUAAAGCGAUUUGCCAAGAGUGAAACACAGGAAAUACGCUUUACGGCUUUAGAUCUGACCGACUUUAUUGCGAUACGUGACUACUGCAAGCGUGCCCAACAACAGAGGAUGGUGGUGGACAUCCUCGUAAACAAUGCGGGGGUGAUGCAGCAGCAGCAGGUGAUGUCUCGUUUCGGCGACGACGAGCAACUAGCAGUGAAUCUUCUCGGGCCGUUUUUGCUUACGGAGGGGCUUUUGCAGCUCGUGGCAGAGAACGGUGGCCGUGUUGUGUACGUCUCCUGCUCGGCCCACGUCGCGGUGAAGAGAAAUAUUGUGUCGACGUACUUAUCCGGUCGCGGGUUGUGGUCGCCGCGCGUCCGAGACAAGUUUGACGGGCUCGAGCAGUACGGGUUUACAAAACUUGGCUGCAUCUACCACGUGCAGGACUUGGCGGUGCGUUCCUACGCGAACGCUGCAAAACCGUCGGUCUCGACAGUACCCACUAUGGUCACUGCUGCGACAACGGCCAACAGGAACAGCAACGGCGGAAGCAGCGGCCCACGUAAAGAUGACGAUAACGAUGGCAGUGGGAAUGCACCGAGGUACACAACCUGUGUUGCGGUUCCUGGGGGUGUCGUGACAAAUCUUUACCGGCAUGUUCCCCUCGCCACGACGUUUCGUUGGUGCCGCUACCUUUACCUGCUCUUCAUGCGCACGGCACGUGAGGGAAGCCAGGUGGUGGUAAACUGCUGCGUGCGGGAGGAAUUGGUGAAUGGGGGAUAUUAUCAGAAUUGCCGGUACAGCCCUUCUGGACUUUCGGCUUGCGCAUGUAACGUAGAGGAGCGCAAAAGUGUGCUGGCGUGGGUGAAGCGAAAAAUGCAGCCGUACAUGCGGUGGGAGCGUUAG